AUGCUCCUAAACGCCAAGACAGCCAUUUCCACCUCGACAGUGCUUCUAGUCCCAUACUCCAAAUGGCACGUCCCCCGAUACCACGAAUGGAUGCAAGAUGAGGAAAUCCAAGAAGCAACAGCCUCCGAGCCUCUCUCCAUAGAGGAAGAAUACGCCAUGCAACAAAGCUGGCGCCAAGACCCCGACAAACUGACCUUCAUCGUCUGUCUCCCUGUUCCCGAAUCCAGAGCUGAGUCUUCCAUCAAAGACACAGACGACACACCCGAUCGAAUGGUCGGGGACAUCAACCUCUUUCUUCGUGUAGAUGAUGGCGAAGAAGGCGAUGCUGAGCCCCAGAUCAUCGGGGAAAUAGAACUAAUGAUUGCGGAGAAGGGGAAUCAGCGGAAGGGGUUUGGGAAGGCAGCGUUGAAUACGUUCUUAAGGUAUAUUGUUGAGCAUGAGGGGGAGAUUUUGGGGGAGUUUGUGGGGAGGGAUGAGGGGGCGGCGAAGGCUAUGGGGAAGGGGAACGGGGAGGGGGUGGUUAGGUUGGAGUGUUUGAGUGUGAAGAUUGGGAAGGAUAAUGAGAGGAGUUUGAGGUUGUUUGAGGGAGCUGCGUUUAGGAAGGUGGCGGAUGAGCCGAAUUAUUUCGGGGAGUUUGAGUUGAGACGUGGAAGGGAUGGGUUGCGGAGGGAAGCGGUUCAGGCGGGUUUGGAGAACGCGGGGGUGAGGGGGUAUGUUGAGGUGGGUUAUGGGAGGAGUGAGUGA